GGUUCGAUCCCAUGAAAAUAUAUUGAGAUUUUUUAUAACACGCCUACCGUAAUUUUCUCAACAUCUCCCUCCACAUUUUUAUCCCACAUCCACCCUAAAACUAGUUCCUCACCAAAUAGUGGUCCUUCGAGCCGGAUUGUGGGUGAAAACGUGUGUAAAGUGCUGUGGAAAAUCUAAGGGACGCCUCGUGUCGAAUAAACUUUCGUGGUUCGCACGGGCAAUUCAACGGAAAGUUCUAGAACAUUCGCUUUGUUUACACCCGCAAGGGCGACGGGUUUACAAAGGACAUACCAGUGAAAUUCAGUGUCGAAAUGGGGAGCGUUCGUGAGUGUCGAGUGUCGCCGAAGCCCAUCAACACUUGGCCACGUGCGCCACGCAACAGGCGACUCAUCAAAGUUCGGCAAUCGGUAACGCAACAGCCACCCGUAGCCUCUCAACAGCCGAUAACUCACCUAAACCGACAAAUUAGCACGGACAAUCACCAUGGCAGACGACGCUUAGGUCAGCGACCCUACUCAGGAAAAACUCAACAGUCCAAGUCUAUCGUCAGGAUCAACGAAGCCCGCUCAACAAAAUUCACCGCCAGCGCUCACCAUGCAGCAGGAAGGUCAAUUGAGACUAUUGACAUUUAAGGUAGAGACUCUGAUGGAGAUCUAUCAUGAACUACCGUAAGAUGUUGACAGCGAAGAGGACCUCACCUUAGAGGAAUUAGACGGGCAUAAGGAGAUAAUCGAGACAGAGUGGAAUGAAUAUUUUGGAAUUUAUGCCAUUCUAGUCGAGCAUCUCCCCCCUGAUCAUGAGUACGUCACCGAGGGGGUACAUGAGCGAGCCACAAGGACAAGAAGACAAGCCUUGAUGCUUAUCGCUCGACUGAAGGGUCAACUAGCAAGGAAGAAGGACUCAACCAGUAGUUCAACCGAUCAGAAUCAAGCCACUCAACUCAAGCGUCUCGACAUUAAACCAUUCGAUGGGAAGCCUGAAGAAUGGAAAGAAUUUAGCGACCUUUUUCUAUCAUUGGUGGGAAAUAUUCCUUCGAUUCCAUCAGUACAGAAGCUGGUUCGACUGAAGGGAUGCCUAAGAGGUCCAGCAGCAACUCUCCUCUCGACCUUCCAAGUCAAGGACGAGAACUACAACAAAGCCUGGCAGAAACUCACCAAGAGGUAUGACGAUCCGAGGCUCAUUGCUCAAUCGUUGUUCAAUCAAGUUCUAGAGCUUCCGAAAAUCACCAGAGCAACAGCAGAGAACCUCAGCGCCAACACAGCAGUAGCCAUGGAGACUCUCAAUCAACUGCAUGAUGUGACGGGAUUGACACAGGAGAAUAUCCCCGAGCAAAUGAUAGCUCACUUGCUGAGAAGAUCACUCGAUGCCGAGACUCUGAAGGCAUGGGAGCUCAGGAUGGGAUCCUCCAAGGAAUUUCCCACUCAAAGAAUUAUCAACAUUUAUCGAGGCCUACGCGAGAGGAGUCUACUCUGGCGUUAAUCUCAACUGAAGCACAUCACCAGCAGAAGCCGAGGGUUUCUCCAACGAGAUUCCAGGACUGAGAGUUAAGUAUCAUUUUCUAUUUAUUAUUAUUAUUUUGGCAAGUGAUACGUCUCUCACCCUGUUUCUCCCCUUAGCAAUCAACAACAAUGAGUUCGGCGACAACUGGGGAAAUUUAGGCCUCUCUCAGUCGACAAAGGGCUUACCAGAAGGAAGAACAUCACCAACAUGAGGGUCAAGGCUCACCAAAGGGAGACACGACUUCAGAUCAACAGUCAGCCCAUCAACUACAUCGCUAAAAGAGAUCAUCAACAAAUUUUGCAGAAAUCGGCGCUCUAAGAAAUAUUAAACAGCCGAUUUACAUAAUGAAGCGACUGGUCCAUUCAACAUUAUCAGGAGGAGUGACGACCAAGACGGUUCACCUCGUCAAGUCCUAGAAUCUUCAAGUAGUUGGCCAACACACAGCAAUUAUGGAACACUACGAGUAAGGAGCUAUAGGAUAUCACCAUAGACGAUCAACAACUGUGGGGCACAGUUAAAACUCCAGAAAUCGACAAAAAGGCAUCAGAAUUUCCAGAAGCCUCUCCAGCA